UGGAAAUUGCGAGUGCGUUGUGGGAGAUUGGAGUGCCUGGAUCUCCGUUUCACUCUGAGAAACGUGCGUAAUAGUGCUUUAAAACGCAGGUAGGGAUCAGCUUCAGCCUCAGCCUCUCGGCUUUAGAGCUGCUUCUGUUUGUUGACGGGAGAAACGGCGCUCUCUCUUUCUCUCCCUCUUCCUCUUCCUCUCUCUGCCUCUCUCUCUCUCGCUCUCUCUCUCUCUCUCUCUUUGUUAACGUCUUGAGCUCAACCCAGCGAUCCAGGGCCAUCUCAAAAAGUAUAUAAUUACUGUUUGUGCUCGGCGGUAAUGGCAGUAUUUAUUGUUAUCGUGAUAAAUAAAUGAAGAGAGCCUAAUUAGUCCUGUUUAACCCCUUAACAUUCCAGGCUUAUUACAUACUAAUGCUUAUUAUUCAGUAACCACAGGGACUUCAGUUCAGACUAAUGCAGACUAUUAUUUGGUAUAGAAGUGUGUAAUAAAACUUUGGCAGCACAGUGUGUGAAAUGUUGGAUUCAUAGAUAUGAUAGUGUUUUAAAUGUGGCACGAUGUCUUUUUUAAGUUAUUGGAUGUCAGAAAAAAAUAGAUCGUGACAUUUUGUGUAUCGUAAGGAAAAACUUCAGAAAGUAUCGUGAUAUUACAUUUCACCAUAUCGGCUCACCUCUGAUUUCCGUUAUUCGUGAGCAGAGUAAACCGUACCGACCGUCCGGCACACCUUGAAGGAAGUGCUUCUGAGGUCUCCAAGGUGAAGUUCUGCUCUGAGCAAGCCUGUAAAAGCUCUAGGCCAGUUUAGUCCCCGAACCGUUGGUGCAUGUUAUCAUUUACAGUCUCCCGCAUGCACAUGUAGAGAUGCAUAGAAUCCGCAAUCGCAGCCCUCUCGUUAAAUAAAUUUAGCUUUUACGAGUGACUUGUAUCCCUUGAGUCACAUAUCUAGACGUUAAGGGUUUAAUGAAUGUGAAUAAGAAUUAAUUACCAUCACAGUUUAUUUGUAUUUACUUUAAAAAAGUAUUUUAUUUGGGUAGUUUGUCAUUUUACGUCAUGGAAAGCAGCGGCAGUAGCAGCGACAUGCAGGCCGAGCUGAGGUCAGUCAUAGCAGAGCUACAGAGAGUGAAGCAGAGUAUGGAGGAGCUUUCGCAGCUGCAGACCCGUCUGAACGCCAAGAGGACCAGCUUGGAAGCGGCUCAGCAGGUACCCCACUGGUCCGGUGCCGGAGAUGUGACCUCUGAGACUGCGAUCACGUCCACCACACGGAACGCAGCCCCUGGUUCGUGGCGCAAAAGGUUGCUGGCUAGAGUGGCCGAAGUGAACUACAUCUCCGCGCCGGACUCCUCUGCCCCGGAGCGCCCGCGGUGCCAGCAGCGCCGAUGUUCUCCUCCUUACACGCAGCCGGAAGUCACCACAACCACAAACAGGUUUAAGGCUCUGAGCUCCCUGGUUUUAGCGCCACCCUCACUGCAGUCCGUACAGAGGAGAAGGAAAAACACAGCCUCUGUUUGGGACCGGCCACGACGCCAGAAGCCCCAGUGUUUCACUCCGCCACCACAGCCGGAGGUCACCACGACAACAAACAGCGGUGACUCCAAUUUGGUCAACACAGCUGACCAACUACACACCUGCAACUGGAUUCGAAGUCACCUUGAGGAACAUGCCGACACCUGCCUACCCAAGCAAGAUGUUUACGAGACCUAUCGGAAACACUGUGAAAACCUGCAGCAGCGGCCUCUGAGCGCAGCAAACUUUGGCAAGAUCAUCAGAGAUAUCUUCCCAAACAUCAAGGCGCGGAGGCUGGGUGGCAGAGGACAGUCCAAAUACUGCUACAGUGGGAUCCGGAGAAAGACCGUGCUAAACAUGCCCCUGUUACCCAACUUGGACCUGAAGAAUGACCCGUCAGAACUGACAGAACUGGUGCAGACGUAUAAGCAGGAGGUCACAGAGGCGGCGUGUGAGUUGAUCUGUGAUUGGGCGCAGAAGAUUCUCAAGCGCUCCUUCGACACGGUGGUGGAGAUCGCUCGCUUCCUCGUCCAGGAGCACAUCGUUAACCCGCGCUGCAGCCAGGCCGAGCUGGUCACCUCCGCCGCGUUGGCUGGAGGCCCUUCGAAACCACAUAAGUUGAUGAAAAAGAUCACAGCGACUCCCAGAGCGAGUGGAGCGGAGGACGACGGCAGCGGCCAAGACGCAAAGCAGAAAGACAAAGAUGGUACGGAUCAGGUGUCGCCUGGAAAGCAGCAGCUGAGUGAGAAACCAGCCAAGGGGUCCGAGUCGUCCCGCUCUGGUGGCCGCGACCUGCAGGUGGAGGCCUUGAUGAAGAUGAAGAAGUUCCCUCAGAUCCUUCCGAGAGGUUCUAUUCUAGACAAAUCCCAGAUCUCCGUGCACUCCUCCCCUCCAGCUUUCACGCCCAACGACUCGAGCAGCGUCAAGGUGACUCUUCCCAUCACCGUGACGACGCUCCCGGCCCAGCAGGGGCUGCCUGUGGUGAUCCUGCCCUCAGGGGUGAGCCUUUCUUACCCCGAGCAAGACAAAAGCACUUCAGUCACCGUUUCAACCUCCGCUGCCCCGACGCCGGUGGUUCAGAGAGCGCGAGCAGCUCCUCCUAAAAGAGGUCCUGAUCCCAUCUCUGCGGUCGCAGUCGCAGGGCCUGGCGGUAUUCCCCCAAAACGAAAACGAGGCCGCCCCAGGAAGCCGAGGCCGGAAGAGAUGACCCCGCAGCCGCCGACAGCCUCUUCAAGCCUUAACCCAAAUCCAGCGCUGGUUACAAGAGGGGUCAUCCAGAAAGCUCUUUCAUCUUCUGCGUCCAUCCAGUCCACACAGGUGAUGGAGAUUGUGGUCCAGGAGCAGCCGAGCCUUGUGGUAAGCCCGGAUGUGAGGGAUUCUGAGCAAAGAGGAGUGUUGGUGAAGUGCCAGAAUGUUCCGGAGCCCGAAGCUCCACCCAUUCUGCUGCUUCACAGUGAUACCCAGCCUGGUUCCGAGAUCAGUCGGGCUAUGGUCAUACAGCGGGCGCCAAUCUCCCUGCCUGCCGCUUCAGCAGCCACGUUAGACGAGAACAGAGAAGUGCAAGGCCUUCCUGUCGAAGCUCCGCCUACUUCUUCUGACAAAGAGGCCCUGGCUGAGGAGAACCCGCCGCCGCCACAGGCUCCUUAGCAACAGCAGCACAAACCAGCGCUUCUUUCCCCCACAAGUCUUUGAGCCCUGGGGUCUUGACAUUGGUGUACGUUGCCUUUUCAGUGUCCCUCCAGUAUGACUUGGACGCUAGCGGGUCAAACGCUGCCGCUGCGCUGCGGCCGAGUUUGAACUGCAGUUGCUCCACGCUGCGCUGCUUUAGCGUUAGCUUCAUUCAUACAGCCAUCACAGAACUUCCAAAGCUUCCACCUCUGUUUGGCUUUGCUUCCGUCUGGCAGCUGGCAGUAUAUUAAAGAGGAACUCCACUGAUUUCUUAAAAAGAAAUUCUCUAUAAUUCAGUCCUUGAGAUGUAAAUAAAAUCAGAGUGGUUUGAUACGAAAUCGCGCAUCAUAGAAACAUUUAUCGACUUGGAUGUCUUUACAGUGGUGGUGAUCGGAACCAGGUGUUUUAAGUUAAGUGACUUUUUUAAUCCCACAAACGGGGAAAUUCCACCUCUGCAUUU